AUGGCUGCGGCCGCAGCAGCUGCGCUACCGGUGGUUGAUCUGCGCUCAUUCGACUCGGUUGAGGAACUCGCGCAGGAGCUGAUGCGCGUGGGCAAGGACCCCGGCUUCUUCUAUGUCGUUGGUCACGGAUUGGGUGACGGCGUCGCAGCGGACAUGUUUGCCCUCGCGGAAACGUUCUUCGGCUCAUCUCUGGAAGAGAAGUUGCGCUUCGCUAAUGGGAGCGGUGACCUGGGUUACACGGGAAUGAGGGAAGAGACGCUGUCUGGCGCAGGACCUGGAGAUGUCAAGGAGUCGUUCUAUCUGUCAGAUCCCGGGCGGACGAAUCAAAUACUCCCCGCGCCAUUGGAAGCUAGGCGAGAGAAGAUGGCCGCCUUCUUCGCCGGCUGCGACGAUUUGGCCAAGACUCUGUUGGAAGCACUGGCCGUCGGGUUGGGUAUGCCCAGAGACUUCCUGUCCAAGGCCCACACCGGUGAAAGUUGUCGCAUGCGACUCAUCAACUAUCCCCCAGUGUCCCAGCUCUCGUUCCCUGAAUCCGCGCCGCCAGCCUCGCCGAAGCCUGAUGACAUCCGCGCGGGGGCGCACUCAGACUACGGCUCGCUUACGCUGCUCUUCCGUCAGGCGUCCGACCAAGGGGGGUUGCAGGUGCAACGGCACGGCGCAUGGACGGAUGUGCCGUGCCUUCCCGACGCCAUUGUGGUUAACAUCGGGGAUGCGCUCGAGUUCUGGACUGCGGGGAGGUUGCGGUCGACGGUGCAUCGGGUGGCGUUUCCGAGGUCUGCAAGCGAGAAUGUGGGCAGGCUGAGUAUACCUGUUUUCAUACAGCCUGACCGCCAUGUGCUGUUGGAACCGAUCAAGGGAAGAGGACAGCCAGUCACAGAUGAGAGCGUUAUCGACCCGGAGUUCCUGGAUGUUCUGAAGAGAAAGGGAUACGAGAGCGCCAAGCCCGUCACGAGCUGGGAGCAUCUCGAGAGGAGGAUAAGGGCGACAUACGGAAAGACAUGA